GUAUGACAUACGUUUUUUUAUCUCUCUUGCGGAGACCCCUUUAUGCUUAGUCUGAGUGUUGUAUAGAUUUUAUCAUUAUCUCACGCACACAUCAGAAUUGAACUAGCUAUACCUUUUAUAGAGAACCAUGAGAUGCACUCACGCAUGUCGCGCCGCCUCUCCGGGCAUUGGCAUUGCUCCAGAAACCACCCCUGUCAAAUACACGCCUAUGAUGCUUAAUAUCAAGAAUAUGAUGUGGUGGAAUGGAAAGCGCAGUAUGUAUCGUGGGGCCUACCGCGAAAAAGGUUGGCUUGAGCUCAGUCGUUGGGGAGACUUCACCAAAAGCGGCCGCCCUGUAAUGAGGCAGCGCUAUUCGCGCGAGGCCCUCAAGGCUGCAUUGGAGAUGAUCCCAGAGGGCUUUGAGGUGGCAGAUGUACCUCGCCCACCACAGCGUAUUCGUGCUCAAUCUGAGGGAAUUGUGGGCCGCUGGUACACCAAUUACUGGACAUUGCAUUCAGUCAAGUAUCAAUGCUUUCUAGCGGGUAUUGAAUGGCAACACGGCGAGCGACAGCCCCCUCGGACAAACUACGACGAGCCGUUUGUUUACGUUGACUUUGAAGAGAGCAAGAUGGUGCGUGAUUAUCGCAGCCGCUGGAUAAAUGUGAACCGCUCGUUGGUAGGUAUGUCGAAGCGGAUGAAGGAGGCCGAGGAGGAGUCCCGCUACAUGCCGUUCAAGAGAUUGCAGGAUACCUUCUGGUCUGAUCGUAAGGUGUUGGUGAACCGUGUGAAGUCGAUGCACAACCAGGGAACGCUUUCCUCGGCUAAGGAUCUCCCCAUCAAGACGCUUAAUAUAAAAGCAUUUUUAUCUGAGUGAGUAUUUUCUAAUUUAUGCGAGAAAUUUAGUCCUGUUUUGUCUCUCAUUCUUGUGUUCUUUUUUUUUGUGUGUGUCUGUGUUGUUGAGUUUGGCUGCUGUAAUAUUUGUGGAAACUUGAUGAAUU